AUGAGUCAGCCAAUUCAUGCCAAACUCAAUCCGGAUCUUGACGAGAGCCAGCUGGGCAUCAACGACGAACCUUUCCCGGGCAAAGCCACGAUAAACAAAGUCUUGUCGUCUGCAUCUUCCACAUUCGCGAUGAUGUCUCAAUCGCUUAGAGUAUCGCGUUGCCUCCUGGCCCGAAUGGGUCGACAACCUCUAACAGCCGCUCGUCGCACUUUCAUCGCUACCCCCAUUAGACAAGCCGAGCUCGUGCAAGACAUGUAUCUCCGCGAGGUUCGUGCGUACAAGUUCCCGCCAAGUCAGCCCUCCGAUGCCGAUGCACACGUCCAGAAGUUCAGCGCUCCAAAGCCACCUCCAUCCCCCGAGGAGGCCAACCUUGCCGCUGAUCUUAAGGCAUACGAGACACAGGAGGUUGAGGUGGAAGGUCAAGCGACUAGCAGCGAACCCGCCGUCGUCGAAGAGGAUUGGUUUGAAGACGAAGACGAGGCGCCUGCUGCUCAUUAAAUUGGAGUACUCGCGGUGGAAGAGAGGAACAGCGAGCGCCCUUUUCAAUAGACCUUGUGUAUUUGUGAAUGGACACCGAAAAUCCUGUAAAUCUAUACAUUUCAAAAUAUAUAUUUUGUUUCCUCGCCCG